AUCUCCAUCCCAGCAUCUGUGACUUAGAAGACAUCAGCAUUCGUCGUAAAUCUCAGGCGAUCCCAUUGAUGCAGUCAUGCUUUCAGGCACAUUAUGGAGUGUUACGAGCUCACUAUUGAGCCUGUUUUAUUCUGGGAUGCAGGUUAUGGUGCCAUGUCUUCCUCCAGCUCCUAUCUCCACCUCUGGUCUUACUGAGAAGUAUAUGGGCACUUGGCAUUUUGUGGCAGCAACUGCAUGGGAUGAAAGUGAUCUUAAGUUCUAUCAGACCGUCGACAGCUCUCUUCUUCACAUUCAGAAAGGUGCUAACGAUACUCUGUUGGUGACCGAAUCAACUCGCCUUGGUGAUACGUGUAAGAAAAAUACUAGGAGCUACUUUACUCUGUCUGUGCUGGACCCAUUCCUGUUCAGAACUGAUUACGACGCUAUGGCACUGAUCUGGGAUGGCAAGUUCAUAAACUGCCCUUCAUGCAUGAUAGUAUUGUUUGUGGAUGAAAACGAGGAAGCCAGAGCUUCGCUGUUCGCUCGUGAUGAAAAGACACCAGAUGAAGUGAUACAGGAAUUUAAGUCAAAAAUGGAGUGUGUUUAUAUGGAAGACUUCUUAAAGGCGCCUUGAUUCUUGAUUAUGUAAGACUGGCAAAUAUGAUGUGUGAACAUGAAUUUAUUUACCAUAUUGUUUAUUUUAGGUUACUGUGAACUUGAUGCUGCUUAAAACACAGAUGGUAAGUGCAAACACUGCGUUUCUAAACUGGUUAUCCUGAAAAUUAGAUUCUUUAAUGCUUGGCAUAAGUUCUCACUCCUUAAGCAGAUGCAAAUAUCUUCACGCUUCAGAUCUACAAUAAAUGACUGAACAGAUGGAAAUCAGGAUUCACUGGUUUUGGUUUAGAGACUGAAGGAUUAAAUAAGAUAACAUUUCAACAUAACACAGAAGACUAGCAAAACUCACAAACUACUACUUGUAUUUAUAUCAUUAUAAUGUCCUAAAGUGUAAUGAAAUGUGUCUGAGAUGAUGAAUACAGGUAUCUCACAGCUACAAGUCCAGAGGCACAAAAAAAAAUGUAAAAGCCCAGAAGAGAAUAAUGAAAUAUAUUAAAUGUUAGAACAGAUAAUAUGAAGCCCUACUUUUUCUUCCUGCUACCAUUAAAUGAGAUUAUUUUAAAA